UCAAAGAUUUCUUCUCCCUAUUAUUCCAUAGAGGAGACUCAUAAAUCUUAAUCCCCUUCUGUCCCUCUACACAAAAAUAAAAAGAAAAAAAUAAUAUAUGGAAAACAAGCUCUGGGAUAAUCCAUACGCCAUGGCCAUGGCAAUGGAGAGUCAUAAUCCCAACGACUACGAUCUCUACCUCCCACUUCACCACGAGGAGGAGGAUCCCGAGGAGGAGGAGGAGGAGGAGGAGGAGGAGCUCGGGGCGAUGAAGGAGAUGAUGUUCAAGAUCGCCUCAAUGCAGCCUGUCGACAUCGACCCCGCCACCAUCCGCAAGCCAAGGAGGAGGAACGUGCGGAUCAGCGACGACCCGCAGAGCGUUGCUGCCCGCCACCGCCGCGAGCGGAUCAGCGAGAAGAUCCGCAUCCUGCAGCGGCUUGUGCCGGGCGGGACCAAGAUGGACACGGCCUCCAUGCUCGAUGAGGCCAUUCGGUAUGUCAAGUUCUUGAAGAGGCAAAUCCGAAUCCUCCAAGGCGGCGGCGGUGGCGACGCUCCGGCACCGCCGCCGCCCUACUUGUUCGGCGCCGCCGCAGGUCAUGACUAAUAAGUUUGUUGAUGUUUAGUUAGUUCAUUUUAGUUUAAUUAUUAUUUGCCCUAAUAUGUAUGUUUAUAUAUACUAA